GAGAAAGAUGAAAACAUAAAAGGAGGAGACAAGUGGAGCUGCCACCGCAGAGCCCAGCAGCAGCCAUGGGGAGAGCUGCCCGGCACCCCCUCCUCGCUUUCCUCUGUCUAGCAGCAGCAGUUUGUGAAGCUCGGGACACCUGCCCAGAGGUGAAGAUAGUGGGUCUCAGCAGUUCAGAGAAGGUCGCUGUUCUCCAAUGCUGCCCUGGGAUGCCUGGGGCCGUGGGGCCCAAAGGUGACCCUGGACCUGCAGGAAUGAGAGGAGAACAGGGAGCUCCAGGGAUCCCUGGAAAGAGGGGACCAGCCGGGGAGAAAGGAGAGAAAGGAGACUCCCAAGAAUCAGGAACAACAGGACCCAGAAAUUGCAAGGAGCUGUUGGCCAACGGGGAAACGCUGAGCGGCUGGUACACCAUCUACCCCGGAGCUGGGGUUCAUUCCAUCACCGUCUUCUGUGACAUGGACACGGAGGGCGGAGGCUGGACUGUGUUCCAGAGACGGGUGGAUGGAUCCGUGGAGUUUUUCCGUGACUGGAGUUCAUACAAGAGAGGUUUCGGCAGCCAGCUGUCAGAAUUCUGGCUGGGGAACGACAACAUCCACCUAUUAACAUCUCUUGAAACUUGCGAACUUCGGGUGGACCUGAGUGAUGUGGAAAACAAGAAAUCCUUUGCCCGCUAUGAGACCUUCCGCAUUUCAGGAGAGACUGACAAAUACAGACUGACUCUAGGAAAAUUUAUUACAGGCACUGCAGGGGAUUCCUUAGCUGGCCAUAACAACAUGACAUUUACAACCAAAGACAACGACAACGACCUCUAUUCGGGGAACUGUGCUCUGCUCUACAAGGGGGGCUGGUGGUACAACAAGUGUCACGGUUCCAAUCUGAACGGGCUGUACCUGCUGGGGCCGCACGAGAGCUACGCCGAUGGCGUCAUCUGGGCCACGGGCCGAGGGGCUCACUACUCCUACAAAGUCUCCGAGAUGAAGUUCAGGCCGGUUUAGUGGAAGCAAAGGGCAGUGGGAGGUCGCGCUCCAGCAUAACGCGCAAGAGCUGAGGAAUGGCUUUAGAUUUGGCCCUUUGCAGCCAAUCAGUUGUUGCCUCAGAGAUCACAGCCUGGCAGUGCACCUGCACUUAACUGCAGAAGAGACUUUUUUUUAACCAUUUUUCAAGAACAUGAGUCCGGUGGAAGCAAGAUGUUUACCCCUCACUGAUCCGCAAAACUUGAUUGUUCAUAUCAGAGACAUGAAGCUCUCCCCAAUUCCCCAAGUCCAGCAAAGACUGAACACCAGGGCUACGUCUAGACUGGCAGGAUUUUCCGCAAAUGCUUUUAACGGAAAAGUUUUCUGUUAAAAGCAUUUGCAGAAAAGAGCG